UAACACAUAAGCGUACAUACGUAUAUUUCUUUAUUCAAAAUUCAAACACCAAACGUGUUGUUCUGGUCAAACAUUUGUUUAAAUUUCUCAUUUUUCUCUUCCAUUUCUGACUUCUUUCGAGUGUUCAAAAUGGUUUACUUAAGUCGUCCUUGGACUCCGGCCAUAAACCCUUUCUACAUUGGCCCCUACCCGAGAUGCGCAGUGUGUCCGUGCGACUUCGACAUUUACAAAGGAUACACUCCCGGUGGCUGGCACAGUCGUUGCUAUAGCAGCUAUUGACGACACGAGUACCUGUGUAAAAUGCACGAAAUAAUUUACCUCGCACACAUCUAUGUAGAGAAAUAAUAAAAUUGAUUCAUCAUC